AUGACUAAAGUUCAUAGUUUCUUCAUACCUGAAAUUGGAUAUUUAGUUGAUAUACAUGGAUUAAUUAAAUAUUUAGGAGAAAAGAUUUCGGUCGGUAAUGUAUGCCUUUACCGUAAUGGACGUGGAAAAGAGUUUUCAAAAUUGAUAAAAGGUCAUACUAUGAUAAUUUAUGAUCAAGAAGAUGAUAUUAUGGAAAUAUCUGAUUAUUAUGAUUUUAGAUCUAGCUAUUCUGAUGUGGAUAUUGAUGAUAAAUGUGAAGAUAUUGAUGAUGAGGAUGAGGAUGAAUUACCAAAAAGGAACAUGAUAUAUCAAAAUAAAGUGGAAUUAGUGUUGCCUUCAAGUGCACGUAUUGGUCAUCUCACUCCUUAG